AUGAUGUUCACGAGGGCGUUAAGAAUAAGUAACAGCAUAAGAUUAUACUCCACCGCACGUCCACUCGCUUUUGCGUUUGACAUUGAUGGUGUUCUCAAACAUGGUUCUUUCGCUAUCCCGGAGGCAAAACACGCAUUAAAGAAAUUAGAUUCACUUAAUAUUCCUUAUAUUUUUAUUACAAAUGGCGGUGGUACAAAAGAAAGUGAUAGAUGUAAAGCUUUAUCAAAGGAUUUCGAUAUACACGUAGACGAAUCACAGAUAGUGCUUUCUCACACGGUGAUGAAACCACUCUCUGAACGUUUAAAAAAUGACAAUAUUCUUGUCAUUGGUGGUGAUGAGCAUGGCCAAAAGUGUCGUGAAAUCGCCGAAUCAUACGGAUUCAAGAAUGUAUACGUACCAGCAGACAUACUCAGCUGGAAUAAGUUUAUCUACCCAUUUGCUUCUCCACCUGCACCACAGGAUGCAAUGGCACAACCUCACACUUAUCAACGCAAGCAUGUUGACUUUGCGAAAGUACCAUUCUCAGCAGUCUUAGUAUUCAAAGAUAGCGCUGACCAUGGUCUUGAUAUUCAAAUCAUUUGUGAUCUUCUUCGCAGUAAGGAUGGAUUGCUUGGUACAGAAAACAAUCAAGGGAAGCAAGGCGUCGAACUACACUUUUCGAAUCCUGAUUUAAUUUGGACUACGGAAUACCCUCAACCGAGACACGGUCAAGGUAUGUUCAUAGAAGCUCUCAAGACAGUACACAUGAUUAGAAGCCCUGAAAUUGAGCUCAAAUAUUAUCAAUAUGGAAAACCACAUGCUAUAACCUAUGAAUAUGCAGAUAAUUUACUUCAACAGUUGUUAAAGAGUAAGACAAACAUAACUGAGAAACCAAGAGUUAUAAUGGUUGGUGAUAACCCUGAUUCAGAUAUUCAAGGUGCAAAUUUAUUCGGUUGGCAGUCAGCACUCGUGAGAACGGGUGUAUAUACUCAUGGUAUACCAAAACAUGAACCUAGUAUAAUCGUAGAUAAUGUUUUAAAAGCAGUUGAUUGGGCUCUAUCCAAUAACUAAUGAAUUAAUGAUAAAAAUAUUUUAAAUUUG